AUGGCUGGUUCGCCACCUGAGGCUCGCAACGGCGAGAAGACGGACCAUACCGUGGCUGAUGCGACCGUCCCUCAAGAUGGCAGUACAGAGACGGAAAAGAGAAGUGAUGGAGACGACUCUUCCAACACCAUUACGACGGCCGAGCAAACUUUUCUGAGCGAGCAGCUGCGUUUCGACGAUGUCAAAUUGUCCUUUUUCGGUAUUUACAGCUAUGCCUCAUGGAUAGAUAUAAUCAUUGUGAUUAUCUGCUCGAUUUGCGCUGUUAUUGCGGGUGCAAUUAUCCCCGUGACUCCUAUUAUUAGCUCCCGAAUCAUUCUCGCCUUUUCCAAAGCUGAAGCACAAGGUUCCGAUUUGAGGCCCCUCGUCGACCAAUAUACGCUCUACUAUGUCUACAUCAUGAUCGCUGCGCUGGUGACAUGGUUUGUCUCGACGGCCGGCUUCAAUUUCACCGGAGCAAGAAUCACGCGGACGAUUAAGAAGACCUACUUCGCCGCUGUUCUGCGCCAGAACAUGGCCGUCUUUGACGACAAGGGCGCAGGGGAGAUUCUGUCUCAUCUCACAGAUGAUACAAUGGCCAUCCAGAACGCCAUUUCAUCCAAGCUAUCGCAAACCAUCAGCGCCGGCGGCACUCUUGUGGGAACCGUCGCCGUCUGCUUCUCCCUCGACUGGCUCUUGACCUUUGAAUUGAUUUGGUCCCUCAUACUGGGUUAUGCGGUUCUUUACCUUGGCGGGAAAGUUACCGUCCGUUAUAGUAGCCGCAGUAUGGAGGCGUCCAGUGCCGGCUCAGCCGUUGUUGAGGAAGCACUCAGCUCCAUCAAGACCACCACAGCGCUGGGGAUGCAGAACCACAUACACAGCACUUACAUGGCUUUUCUGGGCAAGGCAUCCAAGAAUGGCUUCAUUCUCGGAUCAAUGAAUGCUGGCAUGCUUGCCGUAUGCGUUGCCAGCGGCUACUUCAACGUUGCCUUGGCUUUCUGGCAAGGCUCCAGGCGUCUCACGGAUGCAAAGACCAGCUUUACCGCGGUGGUGACCAUCGCCAUGGUCACCAAGGCAGCGGCAUUCUGCGUCCUGAGUGUCGGUUCAAACAUGGAAAUCUUCGCCAUGGCCGUUGCAGGAACCCGCCGUUUGGCACGGAUGACCCAUCGCGUGUCCCCAAUCGACUCAUCUGAUGAGAAAGGGCUAUCACCCGACCAGUUCAACAGCACCAUGGAGCUGCGAAACGUCAAACACGUCUACCCUUGUCGCCCAAAUACUGUCGUUUUGGACGACGUUAGCGUUGUCUUCCCGUCAGGAAGAACUACAGCCAUUGUUGGACAUUCAGGCUCUGGCAAGAGCUCCAUCUCGAAUAUGCUUUUGCGAUUCUAUGAUCCUCUAGCUGGUCGCAUCCUUCUGGACGGUAAAGAUCUGUCUACAUAUCAGACUCGCUGGCUGCGACAGCAAAUCGCGGUUGUGAAACAAGAGUCGUUCAUGUUUAACAAGUCUGUUUAUGACAACAUCAAGAUCGGGCUUACAGGUCCCCGGUGGGCUACCGUCUCCGACGACGACAAAGACAAGGCAAUCUACAAGGCCGCGGAAAUAGCACAAGCCGACGAUUUCGUUAGAAAACUUCCCCAGGGAUAUGAAACUAUCGUGGGCACAAGGGGCUCUAGACUUUCCGGCGGCCAAUUGCAACGAAUCGCUAUUGCGAGAGCUCUUGUCAACGACCCUAAUAUUCUCAUUUUAGACGAGGCGACAUCAGCAUUAGAUGGUAAAACAGAAGCCAAGUUGUUAUCCGCGAUGACAGGGGAAAACCGCCAACGCACCACGAUUGUUAUUGCUCAUCGUCUUUCUACUAUCCGAGAGGCUGACAAUAUUGUUGUCUUGAACGCUGGACGCGUGGUGGAGAGUGGUAAACAUGACGAUUUGAUGGCAGCACAAUCAUUCUAUUACGAGCUGGUCAAGGCUCAGGAUUUGGAUCAUGAUGAGCAGCCGACUGACGAUGAGAUUCUUGAUGAAAAGCGAGAUUCAUUAUCCUCCUCAGUUGCCAAGGUCGAUGUCGAGAAGGAUCAGAACGACGACGAAGGACAGACAGGUGCUUCUUCAGAUGCUGAGACCAAGGACGAUGCAGUUUCAUCAUCAGUCUUCUCCAUGAUGGUGUUCAUCUUCAAACUCAACAAAGGCGAAUGGCACUGGUUGAUCCUUGGCCUGAUAUUCUGCGUCAUCGCCGGAGGCGAAGAACCUGCCUCGGCUGUCCUGUUUGGUAAGGCCAUUUCUGCCAUCUCUCAGUCUUCGGGCAAUUCGGCGGACACCAUCCGCUCCCAAGCAGGCUUUUACUCAUGGAUGUUCUUCCUUCUCGCAUUCGUGAUGCUCAUUGCAUGCGCCGCUCAAGGCAUCGCCUUCGCCUUCAGCUCUGAGCAUCUCACCACCCGAGUUCGCAGCUUGGCUUUACAACAGUAUCUCCGGAUGGAUGUAGCCUAUUUUGAUAAAAAGGAAAACUCUGCAGCCGCAUUAUCCGGUUUCUUAUCAGGCGCGACUAGAGAUCUUACUGGGCUCAGCGGUAGCGCACUCGGCAUAAUUCUCAUCUGUAUCUCGACGCUCAUCUCCGGUAUUGUUGUUUCACUUGCGCUGGGGUGGAAACUGGCGCUUGUAUGUCUGUCUGUAAUCCCCCUCAUGAUGGGUGGCGGAUACUUCGGCGUUUGGCUAGUGGGAGAUUUUGAAAAGAAGAAUGAGCUGUUUGCAAACAGAACAGCUGAGUUUGCAGGCGAAACGCUGCACGGUAUCCAGACGAUUGCUGCCUUGACGAGGGAACAGACAGCCUUGGAUGAGUUCCACGAAACUCUUCAGGCGAGUAAGACGAAAGCCUUGGCAGCAAAUCUUCAGGCAUCGUUGAUGUACGCUUUGACGCAAACUGCGUAUUAUGCUUGUAUGGCUCUGAGCUUCUGGUAUGGCGGUCGGCUCAUCUUGAGAGGUGAAUAUUCUCUUUUCCAGGUCAUUGCUGUUCAGUCUGCUAUGCUUCUGAGUGGCUACUCUGCGGGAAUGAUAUUCUCCUGGACCCCGAAUAUCGGCAGCGCAAAACAAGCCGCGGCCUCUCUUCAACGUCUCCUCGCUCAAAAGUCUGCCAUCGAUCCAUCAUCCCCCAAUGGAGCCAAGGCAGACGCGAUACAAGGCCAGAUCGAGUUCAACUCAGUGAGCUUUGCUUAUCCCUCGCGCCCUGACCAUCCUGCCUUGAAGAAUCUCAGCUUUAAAAUCCCCUCUGGAGCAAAUGUCGCCUUCGUCGGUACUACUGGCUCUGGAAAGAGUACUAUUGUCUCUCUGAUUGAGCGGUUCUAUGACCCGACUAGUGGAUCAGUGCUUGUGGAUUCGAAGCCGAUUCAUUCUUACAAAAUGUCAGAGUAUAGAAAGAGCAUUGGUCUUGUAAGUCAGGAGCCAAAUCUGUACAGUGGCACUAUCAAAAUGAACUUGACCGUCGGAUUGGACGACGAGGAUGUGAAGCCUUCGGACGCAGCGAUUGAGGCAGCUUGCAAGGAGGCAAAUAUCUACGAGUUCAUUUCCAGUUUACCUGAUGGUUUGAACACGGAAGUCGGAAGUGGAGGCAACCAAUUGAGCGUUGGCCAAAAGCAACGUAUUGUCCUUGCCCGCGCACUCCUCCGCCAGCCCAAGAUUCUUCUUCUCGACGAGGCCACAUCAGCUCUCGAUUCACAGUCAGAGUCUCUCAUUCAGCAGACCCUCGAGAAGGUGAAGAAGAACCGCACAACAAUCACCAUUGCUCACAGACUUAGUACCAUUGUCAAGGCAGACAAGAUUUAUGUCCUAAGCGAGGGUAAUAUUGUCGAGUCAGGCACACACCCGCAGUUGAUGGCAUUGAAGGGCAGUUAUUACGGACUAUAUACGGCGAGCAAGAGCGGCCAGACUUUGUAG